UAAUGUAAAAAAUAUAACCGUCUAAACCUACCCAACAACAUGAUUAACCUGCGUUCAGUUCUUUUGGUUUUAAUUUUCAUUUAUUUUCAUUGUGCUAGUGCUGACAAUGAAAUUGAAGCAAGAAAAAAACAUCAUAUCAAACAUGGAUUGUAUUACGGUACAGCACUGUUCCAAUAUUUGACAUUUUUAGCAAUCAAAGUGAAGUUGGUGGCUGUUAUUGGAGUAAUUUUUACCGUCCUAGUUUUUGGAGGAAAACUUUACGCACUCAUAAAAUACGCAGGAUAUAAAGACUAUCACCCAAAAGAAGUAUACCUACAUCCUCCAUCUGAUGGAAUCGAAUAUAUACACGACCACUCAGAAUAUUCUGGACCACACGAAUUCGAAGGACCGUUCAAAAGAUUCUCUACAAUAAAUUAUAAUAACAACCUCAAUAGAAAACGGGAUGAUAAUCUUGCAGGAUAUAAAAGGAGUUUAGGAAAUUUGAACUAUAUGGAAAAAAUAUUCUCCUUCCUCGUGAGAUUGAAUUUGACAGAGAGAAUAUUCAAAGAGAUGAAAUUGGAUGAGAUUGAAUGCCGAAAAAAAUUCGUUUGUGAAACGAAAUUCAUUGCCGAAAACAGCUCAUUGUUCAGGGCUGUUUUAAGGGUUAUGAGUGAUUCAACUUUUGAGAGUUAUAACCCUAAAAACAAAACAACCUCUAUCGAGCAAUGCAGGGACCUGUAUCCAACUUGUGAAGUGAAAUAAUUUUAAAAGUUUUAAAUCAAAUAUUUAUUGAAUUAUUUAUUUAUUUAUUUAUUGAUGGAAGUAUUUAUAUUUUGUGUUAAUAUAGAAAAAACGACUUCCAAAUAAAAUGGUUGUUAUAUUUAAUUGCUUUAUUUCCACUUUUAUUCAUUCAAUGGAAUUGAUUCUAAUCACAUCUCAAAGGCGUUAGUUAUAAUGUAAUAUUAUAACCGAAAUAUGAUAUUUUGAUCAAUCUAAAUGAAUAAUUUGG